AUGAGCUCUAUUGCUAUUCCCAAGUCGCGCCUCGACACGCUUCCCGUCGAAGUGCUGCGUCAGAUCUUUGACAUGACGUUUUCCGACACGGUCGAUAAGGAUUCGGAUUUCCAUUUGGAAUGCGGUGACGAGGACAGCUCCGCUGGUGAGGACAUUUACUCGCCUUAUCUGAAGGAUUCCGACGCUUUCGUGGACCCCAAUGGCUACGAAUCGAUCGUCAAGGGCAUCGCGGACGACCGGCUCAACUCGGAUCUGGUCCGCCGUCUGGCCAGCGAGCAGCUGUAUCGCAACUUCAGGCCUUCCUCGCUGGAGGCAUUCAACUCGGGCGUCCAUACCUUCCAGGCCGAUCCAGGCUUGGGGAACAGUGUGCGCCGGGCCGCGCUAUGGGUACUAGCCUACUACAACCAACCUAACCCUGACAAGAUGCACAACGCCAAGGGCGUCGCCGACCAUCUGACCACGACCAAAAAGCAGCACAACCGCAUCAACAAGCUCAAGAAACACCACGAGGCGCUGCUGCACGUCCUUGACUCGAUGGAACAAGACAUGCCCUCGCCUCGUGAGCGGCCCUAUGUCUACGAGAAGCCAGCCUACUGGGCGCGGGUUGCGGUGCAAGUGCACGACUUUUUGGGUUCGGUGCCGGGGCUGCAGAAGCUGACCAUGGCGAUGGCGGGCCUGGCCGUGAUUCCGAUGGAGGAGGAUCGCGAUAACAACAACGACAAUAGUAGCAACAACAAGAACAAAAUUGUCUUGCGCCGCCUUCAGUCGCUUGAGAUGCACGAGGUUACGCUGGACCGGAACCGCUUCAGCGUGCUGGACACAAACGGCUUGCUGAUGCGGUGCGCGCCAAACCUGCGCGAGCUCACUGUCAUGCACAUUGGCAACGUGGUGUCGUCCAAGGCUUUGCUCCUUGGCAAGCAGCAGAGCAAGAUCGAAGAGACGGGGGAAGCCCACCUCGAGCACCUCGAGGAGCUGACCAUUUUCAACUCGCCCAUGUCGGUCGCCUCGCUCAAGCGUCUGCUGGGCACCGUUGGCCCGCGGCUCGCCACCGCAGACAUUGCGCCCGCGCUCCAGUCGGCCCGGCCGUCCCACAUGUCUUUCGACAAAGGCGACCUCAACUUUUCGACGUACGACCUGCUCGAGGAGCUCGCGCCCUGGAAGACCACCUCGCUGACCUCGCUCACCAUCAACAUGCCCUAUGCCGGCCAGCGCGUCGCGCACCUCGGCGCCCCCUGUGAAGAGUAUGCGAUCCCGCCGCCACCGGGCCCGUCGGCCAUGGCGCUGCUGGCCGGGUUCACGAGCGUGCGGACACUCUGUAUCGACUUGGCGCUGCUCGACUGGCGGGGCGCAGGCACCUACGCGGAGGCUGGGAGGAACGGUGUCGACACGACAACCGGCGUGGCUGCGUCGCUCGUGGCCCAGCUGCCGCCAAACAUCGAGAGCGUCACAUUCGACGUUGCCUUGUACCAGAAUGAUUUUGAUGUGCCGAUGGACACGGCGCUGGGCAUGGAUCUGCAGGAGGCGUACGAAGCCGCCUGGAAACCACGCCGUGCUGCCAUGAUCCAGGCUUUGGUGGCGGCGACGCGCGAUAGCCGGUUCCCCAACCUGACCACGAUCAAAACGUAUCCGUAUGUAGAUUGCGUGACGUACAAUGUAACGACCACAGCGGACAAGGGUACGGCCCCCACGACCCGUGACAUCACACUCGAAACGGAAUACACCGACGACAUUAUUGCCAACCGCCGACCCAACGUCUACGACGGUGUCACUGACGAAAUGGCCGUGUUUUACGACAACCUCUUACGUCCGGCCAGCCGUCUCGAGAGGUAG